AUGCCCCUGAUAUGCGCCAUCCUUACCUAUCCGGCCAACCAAGCUGACUCAUGUGCAUGUGUUUUGCGUCGCUCCACAACCUCCAUAGUCGGUACUGGCGAAGACAACGAUAAUCGUGAGGACAUUGCCAAGCUUCUUCCAUACACACCAGCAUGGAUUUUAUUUUGCCCAAAGGGAAUUGCUUUCCCCUGCAUGAUUUGCUGCAGAAGGGGUGGUGGUGGUGAUGGAGAACCCAGUGACAAUGACAGUUUCUGCAUUAUGGAUCAUCUGGAGGAACCAAUGAGCGAACAUUUCCCGGCGGAGGCUGUCGGUAAUGAGGAGGACUCCUCGUUGAGCUGCGCGGGCGACGAUAUUUCAACCUCGAAUGGUGUGGUCAAACUGCAGAUUGUCAACUCGGACCAAUCUCAGGACAAGCAUGUGGAACCAGCUAGCACAGACACUCCGGUAGUGCCGUAG